AUUUCCCUUUCCUACUUCCUAUUGUCAUGUCGACGUUUGAUAACACCAACUACGAAAAAAAUGCUGGUCAAGGUACCGCAUCAUACGGCCAAACUAAUGUAAACACGGGUACUGGAGCUUAUGGUGCAUCUACUGCUGACAAUGGUGCUUUCGGUGGGUCUGGUACUGGAGCUUAUGGUGGGUCUACCGCUGGUACUGGAACUGGAGCUUAUGGUACAUCUGGAACUGGAACUGGAGCUUAUGGUACAUCUGGUACUGGCACUGGUGCUUAUGGUACUUCUACCACCGGUACCGACACUUACGGCCAAUCCACCACUGGAGCUUAUCCUGAAACCGCUUAUACGACCCCCGGCGCCAACAAGGAAAGUACUGGCUACCCCGGCACUAAUUUUAAUGCCACAGCACCCGAGGGUGCUUAUGCUCAAGACGCCGGAUACGGUCAAUACAGCGAUCCCAACACUCAGCCUCCAAAUAACUUCAUGGCGGCCAAGACUCAACAAUUCACUGCAUACUACACGCCUGAAGAUUCAUCGCUCAUGUGGAAGAGAAGACUUUGCACUGCGCUUUGCUGUUGUAUUUGCCUAGGUCUUAUCAUUGGUAUUCCCGCUGGUUUCACCAGUGGUCAUAGCAACGCCGGAUGCGAAUGCUGGACCAACAAUGACUGCUACAGUUACUACGGACCAGGUGUUUACUGCUACUCCGACUGCAGAUGUUAUCGCUGAUAGAGACAUCAUGGAAUGCAUUGAUGAUGAAACAUAUAAUACGUUUAUAAAAUUUUUACGCAUCCAUUGAAUAAUAAUAUGCUAAUAAAGUAAUGCCCCAAAAAAAAAAAAAAAAGAAUUCGUGGCCAGUGUAGGUCUGUGGAUCAACGAGCUCUCCGGGACUUUUACAUGAAAUUGUGAAUUUGUAGUGACAUACCCAUGGCAACUCUUUUCAUCUCAUGUUGGAGAAGGAUUGUAUCCAAUAUAACUGCUGCUACCCACAAUUCUCCAG